AAACUUCCACUGCUGCCACUAAAAAAAUAUCCCCCAAACUGGCACAGACUUUACACAACAGGGCCCUCUAGUGGCUAAUACCAUUCACAGCAGGAAUGAAGGUAAUGAAGCUGUUUAUUAGUAGCUGUAUUACAGCUAACGUAUGUACAAUAUUUAGUAGUUCAGGUGGGGAGCUGCGUCAGCAUGCGUAGGCUUGCAAAGGAACAAGUAAUAGGUUUAUUCCCUGCUGAAAAAAAAGAAGAAAGAAAACACAACGUUUCGGCCGUGGAGCCUUCUUCAGGUGUGCAGGGCAAAAUCGGCGCCGCAUCAUCGAUCGGCGUCCACGGCAACGCGCCGGCUCACACGGCCCCACCCACACCGGAGACGGCAUUCCUUACUCUGAGCUAUCACACGGAAUGUUUAAGCCACUCAGUGAUUUAAUGGAUGUGGAAUAAGAAGGUGAGAUGGAGAAUCUUUUUUAGAAAUGCGUCCGCAUGUGUGCCCGGCCUGUUUGUAGAGAGCAGUCUGUGUAGAGGUUUGCUGUUUGAGGGGGAGUCACGUAAGGAAUGAGAUGACCAAGAUAUCUAAGAAAAAAUAUCUGCAAUUCAAAGGCAUUAUCUCCUGUACUUCACAACCUGUUAAAUGUCAGACCAAACCGAGAGAUACUGCCAAGAUGUAGAACGCUUACAAGAACGCAGACAGCGUGAGGUGAAACCGUUUUCCGUGCUGUUUCCGGACCUCGCCCCUGCCUGGUGUCUCAGCGUGGGGAAUCGGGCGUGUCACUUUUUACUGCAGAAGAUCACCUUCUUCGUGCCAGCUUGCGAAAGCGUGCCAGCCUUCGCCCGCGCCGCUGUGUGUGCUGACGGAAGGGCCCGCCGGCCAAUCCCAGCCGGGCUUCGCACCCCCCGGCGCACCAAUCAGGCGCGCUGGGGCGGGGAGCGGCUGUCUCCGCGGUGGCCGGAGUGUCACUUUACCUAAGCGGCGCCCCGGGGAGAUCAAUGUCAUUUGCAGCCGAGCCGCGGUGCGCGUCUGUCUUGUGCACAGGAUGGAGAGCGGGCGCAGCGCGUCAUGAGGAGGUUGGAUGGAGAGCCCUGACGCGGAUUUGGAACCCAGCCCAUCUCUCUCUCUUCGGCCUCUCGCCCUCGUGACCCCCCCCUCGGCCCCGACCCCCCCGCGAUGGCAGCGGCGCCAGUGACGACAGUGAGGCUCCGCAACCCCCAGCACUGCUCCCGCAUGCUGCGGCGCGCCAACGAGCUGCGGCAGGCGGGCACGCUGUGUGACGCGGUGAUCGUGGUGGAGAGCCAGGCCUUCCACGCCCACAGCCUGGUGCUCGCCUGCGCCAGCAGGAGGCUGGAGGGCCUCCUGACCCGGCCCGGGCCGCAGCGCUGCAGCCUGGACUUCCUGUCCCCCCGCACCUUCCAGCAGAUCCUGGACUACGCCUACACGGACACGCUGGAGGCCCCGGUGGAGGACCUGCGGGUGCUGCUGCAGGCCGCCCAGCUCCUGCAGAUGGACCAGCUGUGGGACCAGUGCCACAUGCACCUGCAGUCCCUCAGGGAGGCAGACAGGGGGGAGGCGGGCGCCCCUCGGGAGGAGGAGGAGGAGGAGGAGGAGAAGGCCGGGGCGGGGGAGGCCCAGGAACCGGCCGGCGCCCCAGAGCCGAGCCCCGUCCCCGGGAGCAGCAGCCCCUCCGACUCCCCUCCUUCCCCGAAGAGAGCGAGGCCGGAGCGCGGCCGCCCAGCUGCGGCGGCGCCCCCCAGAGGAAGCGUGAUCGCCAGCACCAGCCAGCUGGGCGAGUGGCCUGCCGGCCAGAGGGUGGCGCUCUCCAGCGCCGACUGGCUGGCCCUCCACACCCUCCACGCGCGCGGCCCGCACCACCCACCCUCCCUGCUUGCUUACCCCUUCCAGCUGGCCCCCCCCGUUUUCCCGCUGCUGGCCGCCUCCCCGCCGCGGGCGAGGGAGCCCAUCCUGGACUACUCCAGGUUCCUCCAGCCCUUCCGGCACGCGGUCCUCCCGGGCGGCAUGGGCGUGGGCGCGCGCGAGCUCGGCCUCAAGCACGGCCAGCUGGGCAAGGGCAGCUCCGCCAGCGGCGCAGUGAUGGGCUCCGUGCCCGUGGAAGACCAGGCCAGGAAGCACCCAACCAUCUGCAAGACGUUCCGCUGCGAAUACUGCGGCAAGGAGUUCCUGGACAGCCUGCGCCUGCGGAUCCACUCCGUCGUUCACUCCGUGCCCAACCCGUCCCCCCUUUGCCCUUUCUGCAGAAAGACCUUUGACAGCCAGGGGGCGCUGAAGAGCCACCUGGCCGAGCACACGCGGGGCUGGAACCACGUCUGCCAGGAGUGCGGGCGUCCUUUCCCCAGCCACACCGCCCUCCGGAGGCACCAGCGCUCACACACAGGUGAGCUGACCUGCGAGUGUGACUACUGCGGCCGGUGUUUCCGUGACGACAGCUCCCUGCGGAGUCACAAGCGCGUGCACACCGGAGAGAAGCCAUACCAGUGUGAGAGCUGCAGCAAGAGGUUCAGCCUCAAACACCAGCUGGACACGCACUACAGAGUGCACACAGGUGAAAAGCCGUUCGAGUGCCGAUUGUGUGGCCAGCGCUCCCGGGACUACUCGGCCAUGUCAAGCACCUGCGCACCCACAGCGGGGCGGGGCCCUACCAGUGCACUGUGUGCCUGGAGUUCUGCUGCAGCCUGUCAGCCAUGCAGAAGCACAUCAAGACUCACAGUGCCCAGGACUUCCCCCCAGACUGGAGCAUCAACAGCACCUACCUUUACACCUGUCACAGCUGAGUGCCAGGCAAGGAGACAGGCGCAUUUAUCCUCAGCACUAGGGGGAGACAGUGACAUUCAGGGACGCCUCUGCUCUCAACUUUGCCUUUUGAGCGACGUCUGCAGAGGGACACCUCAGGGAUUUCAGCCUGGCUUAUAGUCAGGUUAUAACUGUAGUAUUUACUACGCAAGCAUUAUUGAGCAUAAAGAAGUGCCUUUGACUUUUCAUCUUUUAAUUGUGUUAUAGCUCACAGUGUUGUUAGAAUUCUUAUUUUUGCUUAUUUUUAUAGAGUAUUUUUUUUAACAAAGCCCUGUAAACUGCCACUUGAAUUUCAGCAAAAGCAAUGAUGUAGCAAAGCAAAUCCCAAUGUUGACUAUCGGCAAAGUGCUCACAGGCUGUACACUUACACAGAGGCGCUGUGUGAGCUCAGCAGUUCGUACAGUGCGCCGUUGGAUUAAAAUGAACAGUUUGAUAGUUACAGAAAGUGAUGAAUCUACAGAGAUCACAGUUCUCCUUAAGGAUAGAGAGAGUUUGAAGAGGAAAUAAAUUACUCAUGUUAGUAAAGCACCAGAAUAUACUCUGCUGCACUGUUGCUUUAUUGCUGUGAGUGGUGUGAUAAUGCAAAAACCUUUUUUACGAAAUACUAGAUAUGGUACUGAAUAUAUUUGUCAUUUUAAUUUUGUGGGCCUUGCUGCAGUUACCCAUGUUUGAAGCAGUUACUGUAUUUAUUUUCUGUUAAUUACUCACACUUAAAGGGCUGGUGACCUGGAGACUGGAACCAGCUAACCAGUCAUGAUCAUGAAGUCUGUGACAUCCUUCAAAGAGCUGUUGAACAGUGAGAUCAAUUGUCAGAUCAGUUAGUUACUGAGAUAACUAACCAAGCUCCUUCCGUGUGUUUACAGGCUCUUGACUCUCCCUGCUCCAACCUAGAAUAAAAUGAAUGAUGAGCAGUUCACUCGCUGUUAUCAUCAGCAAGAACAGUGAACAGUCAGUUCAGUACGUAUUACCCACUGUGUGCUGUAACUGAAGAAACAUGGAUCAUGUUGGUCAUUGGGGUGUUAUUCCCCUGGCACAAUUCUGUGUAUGACAGCACUCUUGCCACAAACUACUAGUCCCAUUUCAGUUUGUCUUCUGUAUGCAAGGAGCAGUUUUAGCUCCAUCCUUUGUGUCGCUCAUUCGGACAGCUCCUGCUCUUCCCGAGUUUCCUCUUUGAAAAACUGAAGCUGAUCAAGGGGAACGAGAAGGGAGCUUUUGCUUACCAGGCGUUAACAGCCAAGUCGGUUUUGUUCCGUUGUGUUGUGGUUACAACAUGCAGGCACACACAGACAGAAAAUACUCCGAUUCCAUUGCCCUGGGAGAGGAUCAAGCUGGCCAGUGAUGAAGGGGAUGGAGAGGCAGAGAAAAUGCUUCCUAGCUAGAUGGGUACCCUCUUUGACUGCGUGGAAUCUGGACGUUCUCCCCAGGUUUAUGUGUGUGUUUGUGGAGGUGAUCUUUUUCCCACCCACAUCCCAUAACAUGUUGAAGAUUAUAGAGAUACAGGAAUCCUUCCAGACUGUAGCCUCCUGGGAUCCAUUCAUGGGGACAGCCCAACUUCAGUGUUCCAUGUUCUAAUGGGACAUCCCAGACAGCCACCGCAUUGCUGAAGUAUCAGUUCCGUUUUAAGAAUAAUUCAGCAGGUUUAAGUGGUGUUACUGCCAAAGCUUUUUAAGCCCCUGAAAUCUUAGUUAACCCUUUUAAUAUGUGAUGGGUGUUGUCACAUGGAGGGUAAAGGUUAUGUGUGUGGAAGAGCUAUACAAUCAUUUUGAUCACUAUGUAGAUAAUGAACCAGCCUUGGGUUUCAAUUUACUGCAUACUUUAAAUCGUAUUCUGAAGUUAGAUUACUUUUGGUAGUUAUCUUGCUGUCAGUGGGCCACACCAUCCAGUAUUUUUGGCCAUUUGUUGUUCCAGUUGCGAGUUUGCAGUUGUUCCUCUUCUGCUUAGAUUGUUUUCCUGAUCACCACUUGCUUUUCAACUCCGCUUGCAAAUGCUAACCCCCUCCCAACAUGGUCAGGGAGAAAAACAAGCCCACAGGCCGAGCUAGCUGACUGCUGCAUUUUACCCCAAAGCUAUGAAUGUAUCCACAGCACAGUCCUGGUCCAGUACAGUACCGGUCCUUCGGGUGCGCCAGGUGUCUUCAGUCAGGGGUUAAAGGUCAUUGUUAAUCUGGAUAAAGUCAGUGCCUAGGUCAGUUCAGUCACUGCAUGUUGGCUGUAGAUUGACCAUAAUGCCUAAUAAUUGACAGGUUUGCCUGUAAAUAUUGGUAACUUCAUGAGCCAAUUGAGCAUCACUUUGCUAAAUGGAAUAUUGUCGUCUUAUUUUGCACAGCGUGACAGUACAUUUCUAUGAAAUGAAUGUAAUAAUUAUACUAGUAAUGACCUUUUAAAACCUUUUGUUUUAUUUCUUUUGUUUCUUGCAAUUCUCCAUUCAUUAAAGUGCUCGCUUGUCCAUUUGUUAAUCAAUAAUAAAUCAAGAACCUUUACAGCAUGUCACUCUACCAGAGGUGAUUAGGAUGACUGCUCCUGUCCUGCCUCAGCCGGCCUUGGCUUGACAGGGCUGCGUGGUCAUCCACCGGCUGUCUGGACACGCCUCGUCCUACUGCAGGCCAGAAAACAGCUGGUCACAUCUGGACUGCUGCUGUGUGGAACACGGGUUCUGGUGUGUUAGUAUCAUUUGUACGUUUUGAUCAAAGACUGAUGUAAGGACUGUGGAUUUUUGUACUUGAAAAAUAAAACGUUUAUUUCA